UCUCUCUUCUUUUUUUGGAUUCGGCAGCCACGCAUCGCCAUUGCCAUUUUCUUGAUUGACAUGAUAUUCAUAUGCAGUGAUUAUCCCGCACCACUGCCCAUCUCGCUUCCUUUCUACUGUUGAAAUUUUAAUUAAUUUGAUUUGAUUUGAUUCCUUAAUUUAAUGGGCAUCGUAUCGAUCAAGCAAUACGGCGGUCUGUGACUGUAACCCCCAUUGAAUUGUUGAUAUCGGUUUUCGAAUUCGAUUGAUGAAAUAAAUGAAGGAGGGGCAUUGGUCAGCCACUGCAUCAGCAGCAGUGUAGGUUUUGCACGUCUCGUCAUUAAAGCUACAUUCGGUGUUGGAAAUGGGCAUCUCUAGGCUUACAUUUCGGGAUUUGCUGGUGCAAUGGCAACAAGUGACUAUUCUGCAAUUAGCUAUUCUCCCUGUUUGGAAAUGGAGGAUAUCUUUUCUCGUCUCUUAUCCUUGACUUCCUAUUUAGCUCAUCGUGUAAUUGAAUUUAUCGGAGAUAUUGUUUCAAGAGAUGUGAAUAGGUGGUUAGGAGAUUCAGAGAUAUACUCUUUUAAUCAGCAUCUGAACUUUCCAAUCAGCCAUGAUCACGAAUAUCUUGCUUCGGAUCAUGCAUCUUCUUCAAGACAGUUUGAGUUUAGCAAAAGCUUUGCACUUCAACAAAGACAUGAUGCUUCAAAUAUUGAGGAUCCAUCAUUUGUCAAUUCACAACUAGAAAUUGUAAAUAGAAAUUGCAGCAGGGGUAUCCAAUUCAUUUUUAAAGGGUUGGUGCUCCCUUUGCUCUGUUUUGAAUUUGUUUGGAAAUCAGCAUUAGCAUCCUGGAGAUUAUCUUGUUACCAAUUAAGAUGUAUGCAAGCUCGCGCGCAGAGUGUUAUAUCCCGAGUUUCUAAAACUUUACAAGGGUCUUCUGCCGACAUUGGGUGGUUACAAUCUGCUCCUGGAAUGGCUCCUGUGGAGGAUGGUUCAGCUAGAUUCAGGGAGUUACUACAGGACAUUAGGAAUGGGAUGCACAGACUACCUGAUUCGUUUGUUUACCUGUUGAUUCCAGGACUUUUUAGCAAUCAUGGGCCUUUGUAUUUUGUAAGCACCAAAAGGUUUUUCUCGAAGAUGGGUCUGGCUUGUCACAUUGCUAAAAUUCACAGUGAGGCAUCGGUUGAGUACAAUGCUUGGGAGCUAAAGCAAUACAUAGAGGAGCUAUACUGGGGGUCCGGAAAACGUGUGAUGUUGCUAGCCCACAGCAAGGGUGGAGUUGAUGCUGCGGCUGCUCUGUCACUUUAUUCCCAAGAAUUGAGGGAUAAAGUUGCCGGUUUGGCUCUAGUGCAGAGUCCUUAUGGUGGAUCGCCCAUAGCAUCCGAUCUUUUUCGCGAGGGCCAGGUUGCUGACAAGGAAACCCGGCGGAUCAUGGAGUUUUUUAUAUGCAAAUUGAUUAAGGGCGACAUACGAGCACUGGAGGAUCUCACCUACGAGAAACGAAUGGAAUUCAUCAACAACCACAAACUCCCUGACAACAUCCCUCUCAUCUCAUUUCACUCGGAAGCGAGUAUAGGGCCAGGUGUCAUUGCAACAAUGUCCCACGUCGCCCACGCCGAGCUCCCCUGGCUCCCUCGAUUUUCCAGCGAAGGUGCUGAGCUGGCAGCCCGCAAGGUUCCUGUUAUAUUCCCAGCAUCAGCUGCCCUGGCUCUCUGCGCGCUCCACCUGAAACUGCGGUAUGGAGAGAAGAGCGACGGUCUUGUGACAUGCCGAGAUGCUGAAGUUCCAGGCUCGGUGGUGGUGAGGCCGGACAGAAAACUCGACCAUUCAUGGAUGGUCUACGCUUCGUGGAGGAAAGAGCAGAGCGAGCCGGAUGCAUGUGAAAUGUGCGAGGCUUUGUUGACUAUGCUGGUCGAACAGGACGAAAGCAGCUCGGCACAGAAUCGACGCUAGGAAAGAGUUGGAAAAUGGCACUCUCCCUCUCUGUGGUUCAUCGAAGUUUAGACAAACUGUGUGUUUUAAGGUAUAGUUCUUUCUUGUAUCAUCUAUUUGCUGAAGAUGUGAGGGUAUUAGGAGAUUACUUAGUAUCCAUCCUGUUCAUUUUUGUAUGAUUUCCUCUUUAGCUUAAUAGUAGUAUCUUGCUUGGUUAAUUUGAAAUUGGAAGAUUGAUUUAAGUAUUAUUUUGACUGAUAUUUUGUAAGAAAAAUAAUGUGUUUUUAUUGAGCAUUACGCAGGUCUAAUAGUAUUA